CACGCGCACCUCCAUACGGAGCGAGUGCGUGUGUGUAUGAGAGGCGAGACGUGUGUAGUAGGUUUCGUGUGUGUCAUUUCGAUUCCAGCACGCACUUGCCUGUGUUGCUGCUACUGUUCUGGACAUUAACCGAACCGCUCAUACAUACCCACAUUUAUACAUACACACAUAUAUACACACACAUAUAUAUAUUUAUAUAUUAAUAUACCAAUACCUCUACAUACACCCGAUCUACUAGCCUACCCAUCUCUGUCAAUAUAUACACACAUACAUACACACACGCAAAGAAGACUAUAUGGAGAGAGAAGUGCUGUAAUUUAUAUAUACGUGUAUGUUUACAAACGAAAGAAAAAAGCACUCAAUACAUGGUGUAUAUAAAUAUAUUAUUUCUAAAGAGAGAGACCAAGUCGCAAGUGGCUGGCUAUGACGAAGGCGGCGAACGAGGACCGAUAGUAUCGGGGUGGGACUUCGAAGGAAAUAAGGAUCACAAGAAUAUAUUAUAUAUAUACAGAAAGGAAAAGAGACAGUCUGGUUAGAUAUAUACGGACAGACAUUAUACAUCAAGGCUUAUAUUUUUAAUUAAUUAUUUUUUAUUGUGGCAACGAUGGCGUAUCAUUCCCAUUUAGACCCAGAUGAUUCGUUUGAUUUCUUGUUCAAGAUCGUCCUAAUUGGCGACGCUGGUGUUGGAAAGACCUGUGUGGUGCAGCGCUUCAAGUCUGGGACAUAUCUGGAGAAACACGGCAGCACCAUCGGAGUUGAUUUUACCAUGAAGACCCUUCAGAUCGAUGGUAAACUAGUCAAGCUUCAGAUUUGGGACACUGCUGGCCAGGAGAGAUUUCGGACAAUCACACAGAGUUAUUACAGAAGUGCCAACGGUGUGAUCAUUGCUUACGAUGUGACAAAACGAUCUUCAUUCGACAAUAUUCCACGGUGGUUGGAAGAUGUAAAGAAAUACGCAGGAUCAAACAUAGUGCAACUAAUUUUAGGAAACAAACAAGAUUUAGAACAUCUACGAGAAGUAAGCGUCGCUGAAGCCAAAGCAUACGCACAACAUUGCUCCAUGCUGGAUGCAAUUGAGACCAGCGCUAAAGAAAAUACCAACAUUGACGAAGCAUUUCUACGAAUGGCUAAGGAUUUGAAGAAGAGAUUCGGUGGUGAGAACAGCCUGGAAAACGGUCCUGGCGGCAAAAUAAACUUGAACACACGUACAGUUAGAAGCGGGGGAUGCUGUGGCAGUGGAAAUUCUUGAUGUAGAACAGAUCUCUUAUACCUUCUGCAUCAUCAGCAUUAGCAUCAUCAUCAUCACCACCAUCAUUGUGAUCGCUACCAGCACCACCACCACUAUCAUCAUCAACAUCAUCAUCAUCGUUGUUCCUGACAUCUUUACCAAAUGUCAUGGUCAAACAUCAACUUUGUCAAUGAUACUAAUGCCAGCAUCAUCAUCAUCAUUACCAGCAUCAAUCAUACUCAUCAUAAUUAUUAUUAUUAUUACCAUUAUUACUAAGAAGGUGGUGAGCUGGCAGAAUCGUUAGAAC